AUGGCGGAGCGGCGAUGCGGCGGGGACCACGGAGGACUGACGGAUGCUGCUGCAGCGACUCGCCGGGAUGAGCAGCAGCGUCGCAACACGAUGAAUUCUCCGGAGGAAGCCGGAGCGGAGGACCUGUCUUUGGAGGAGAUACUGAGGCUUUAUAACCAGCCCAUCAACGAGGAGCAGGCAUGGGCGGUGUGUUACCAGUGCUGCAGGACGCUGGCCAGGAGGCAGCGGGGCAGGAGGAGCUCCACCGCCGCCGCAGCCGCCGCCGGAGCAUCGUCAGCGGAGCCUCCGAGGAAGAUAUCAGGAUCUGGGGAUGUUAGGAUACAGAAAGACGGGUCUGUCAGGGUGGAACACCAAGACUGUGAAGGUAAAUUCAGCCCUUGCACAACAAUAGAGGUAAUCGAGUCUCUCGGCAUCAUGAUUUACAAGGCUUUGGACUACGGGCUGAAGGAAAAUGAAGAGCGAGAGCUCAGCCCUCCCCUGGAGCAGCUCAUUGACCUCAUGACCAACAUGGCCGAGAAGGACGCCUGCCCCGACGAAGGCUACGAGGCCACAGAGGAAGAAGAUGAGGCAGAGGAUGAUAACAUCUCCAGCGCUCACGGCUACAGAGAUAUCCUCAAGCUGUGUACAGCUCAUCUACCCAGUCUGUCAGAUGCCCCCAGUCACUACCAGGCAGUGUGCCGGGCUCUGUACACAGAAACCAGGGAGCUACGCACUUUCCUGGAUAAGAUCAAGAGUGCCAAAGAGAACCUCCGUAAGAUGGAGGCGGAGACGUCAGAGGAGCCUGGCCGAGAUCUGAACGAGCUCCAGAACGCUGACUGGGCUCGAUUCUGGGUUCAGGUGAUGAGGGAUCUGCGCGAAGGAGUCAAGCUAAAGAAGGUGCAGGAGCGCCAGUACAACCCUCUGCCCAUCGAGUACCAGCUCACUCCUUAUGAGAUGCUCAUGGACGACAUCAGGUCCAAGCGAUACAAACUGCGCAAAGUCAUGGUCAAUGGAGACAUCCCACCAAGGUUAAAGAAAAGUGCUCAUGAAGUCAUCCUGGAGUUUAUCAGAUCCAGACCACCUCUCAAUCCUGUGUCAGCUCGUAAGCUGAAGCCACAGCAGCAGCCUCCUCCCACUCUGCACGAGCGGAUCCUGGAGGAGAUCAAAGCAGAGAGGAAACUUCGCCCGGUGUCGCCUGAUAUGGUCCGCCGGGGCAGGCUGGGUUUUGGCAAAACUCGCAGUAUGCCACAGGAUUUGUUCCGUACGGGAACAGAUGAGUUUAGUCCGUACAUGGGCAGGAGGGCGUCCAGUACUCUGUCUCUGAUCAACGGGUCGGCAUCUCCCAGAGUGGAACCAUCCGGAUCUCAGUCGGUACCUCAGAGGAAGAGACUUCUGAAGGCUCCCAGCCUGGCAGAGCUGGACAGCUCCGACUCUGAUGAUGAGAUUGUUGGGCGCAAAUCAGCCAGCAGCUCCAGUGUGGCGACAUCUUUGAUGGAUGAUACAUCCCCAGAGUCUGUGCUGGGGAAGAAAACUCCACCCAUGUUCCUGCCGAUCUCUUCUACACCUCAGCCAGAGAGGCGUCAGACACCCCAGAGGAGACACUCCAUCGAGAAAGAAACACCGACCAACGUCCGACUUUUUCAACCACCAUCCAAACAGAACUCCAAGUCUCUGGAGGAGUUCUGUUUCCCUGUGGAGUGUCUUUCUCUGACGGUGGAGGAGGUGAUGCACAUCAGACAGGUGCUGGUGAAGGCCGAGCUGGAGAAGUUCCAGCAGUACAAAGACGUCUACACCGCUAUGAAGAAGGGAAAGCUUUGCUUCUGUUGUCGAACCAAAAGGUUUUCCUUUUUCACUUGGUCCUACAUCUGCCAGUUCUGCAAAAAGCCUGUGUGCUCCCAGUGCUGCAAAAAGAUGCGGCUUCCCUCCAAACCUUAUUCCAGUUUGCCCAUCUACUCCAUUGGCUCGACUAACACUCUCCCCAGGGAGAGAAUAACUGCCAUGGCUGCUGUGGGACAAGGACUCUCUGUGGCUGAAGGGCCGGGGCCGUCAGCAGUGGAAGGGGCCGUUGCGCCCCCCACUUUGAAAGGAGCGACAAAAGCAGCAUCUAGAGGAGCUGCUAAAGCUUCUGGAGCAGCAGCAGCAGCAGCAGGGGCAGCAGCUGCUAAAUCAGAUAAAUCCUCCAGUAGCCCACAGCGCCACAGUAUCCAGAAGACCAUGUCCAAGUUUUCGAAGCACGGCUCUCUAAAGUCUCACGAAGAGCUGGAGCUUCCCCCUGAGCUGACAGAGGACUGGGCCACCAUGGAAGUGUGUGUGGACUGCAAGAGGUUCAUCUCCGACAUAAUCGCCUCCAGCAAGCACAGCCUGUCACUGGCCACCAAGAGGGCUCGCUUAAAACGCAAGACGCAGUCCUUCUACCUGUCCUCCCCGAAAGGAAGGGAGGACUACCGGCCGUCCGAACGAACAAUCAACGAAAUCUGAAACUCUGUAUCUCUCUGUCUGGCUGCUUCCAGCUACAAUGGCACAAUUCUAAAAACUUAGCACUGGGUUUGGUCUUAGUGUCUGUGAAUACUUGAGAGAGAAAACUGUCAGAAUGGCUGGUGGUGGACAGUGUGGUUUUUGUUGCUGUGUCUUGAUCAUCGUGUACAGCUCCUCCAGACAACAGCGUACUGUAGAUCUGCCAGUCUUUUUGCUGUUUUACAAUAUCAUCGAAGAAUAAAUGAAAAUCCUUUAACCUCUGGCCACAGACAUUUGACUGGAAAGAAAAGUGGAAAGUCAAAGUGGACCGACCUCCCUUCCCUCUUUCCCCUCUGAUAGCUUGGCAGUGUGGUCCUCCCCAACUCACAUUCAACUCAAAGCACAAUGCAGAAGAGAGAUCAUGUUGUAAACUGAGAGUGAAAAUACAGAAUAUUAAACUGUACGUUUUGUAUGGGUUAUAAUUUAGUUUUUUACAUGUGUGUACAGUAAAUGAUUGUUCGAUAAAAUGCCACUCGCUCUUUUUCAUUUGGAUUUCUGCUGAUGAUGCUCGGAGAGACUUUCCCUCCUCUCUGCUACUGUCACCACUCAUCAAAGCAUGCUUAUGUUUUUCAUGAGGAACACUCUCCAUGUUUGUUUUUCCUGCACACAAAGAGAAAAAUCACCAAAUGAUAGUGCCAAAUGAUAACUUCUUACUCGUGACCCAAGAAAAAGUUUUUUCACCCGAUGGACAUUUGAAGUGAUCUUACAGCAAAGUUAGCCAACCCCUACUCAUUAAACCCUCUCUUCACAAAGUCAUUAAGAAAAAUUCUUAUGUGUUUAACGCUCAUAAACGUAGUUAAUUUGCUUCAUCACAACUGUGUGGGUGUUUGAUCAGGUUUGACUGACGGCAGUUUGCUGCUCCAGUGAUUUAAUAUUGCACUUUUAAAAGUUUUUUUUUCUUUUUUGUAAUGGUAAGAAUUGACACCACUAAGGCUGACAUACUGUUCUUUAGGUUGCCCCAGAAAGUGUAACUAUCUUAAGUUAUACCAACCCUGACUGGUAAAUGUGCAUGGUCUAACAGUUUUCUGUUAUAAACUCAUCUGAGUUCCAAUCUUAGACAGAUUUGAUGAUAUUACUGUUUCCAGAGGUUGUGAAGAGUUCAUGUGUACAAUCAAUGCAGUGCUUCUAUGAGCAAAUCUCCCAAGAGCACAAGCAAAACAUCUCUCGUGUGACCAAUGCUGUUUAACAAGAGUUCUUGCAGAAGCAGAUUACUUGUAGUUAGAGGGUGGUGGAGAAAAUUUAGUUUUAGGGCCUUUAAAGCACAUUGCUUAAUUGUUAUUUACUCGUGUGCACAGCAGGAAUAAAAACAUUAUUACCUACAGUACCGUGUGUAGGAUUUCCCAGACUUGCCUUUUAAUAAUUUACAUGAAAAAUGUGUGUAUUAAAAAAAAUACCUUUACACUGAUAAAUAUAUAGCCUAUAUUAACUCCUUCACUUUUCUUUACGUUAACUUUUCAACUUGUGUUUGUGUUGUGUAAUUAUGACUCUUAAUAAAUGCCUCAUGUACAGAUAAUGAAUCCCAGUUCACUGUAUAGGCAGCAAAAAAUGAUAACAUACUGUCCUGCUUUUUAACACAUAAAGCAAGUCUUAAUAUGUUGCCUUUAUUUUUUCCCCUUUGUCAUUCAGAGUGUCACCGGCAGGAAUUAAUACCUGCACUGUGGCCUGGAUGUUUAUUUUGUUCUUCAUCACAUUCCUCAUCUUCCUCCCGACAUAUUUCUGCCUUAAAAGUUGCCUUUUAUUAUCAUUCUCAUACGUUGAGCAGUCAUCUACUGUUACUGUACAUACUUUGUUUCUACUGGUUUGUUUGUAGAUCAGGUGUGUGUUGCCUUGACGAUGACAGCAAGACCGCUGUAAAAGUGUGUCUCUGAGAGGGAAACGUUCCCAGUACAGCGUGUUCAGGUCAUAGUGGAGGGGAGGAGUGGGAGGAAACCUCACAGUGUGACAGACAGCAUCAUGCAUGUACUACAGUGUAGCUUGUACCUUCAAUCUGUAUUACCUUCAAGCUGUACCUCCCUGCAGAGAGUGCAACAAAUGAUGACUACAACAAUAAACUGUAAUGCAAUACCUGA